UCCAAAAAAAGCACACUCAAGAGUCACAUUUCGUUUCACACAGAAGCUAGAAAAGCGUGCAGUUGUUUCUGGUGGUCUUUUCUGCACUCCGGUUAUGUUUUCUUCCAGCUGCCCAGCAGGUGGGCACAGUCACCUGUAUAACUCGCUGCGGCCAUAUCUGGACAAUCGGAGCCGAGCACAGCCCAUCAUUGGUCUGAACUCCAUCACUGAGGUUCUGACACACAGACAUCCUGCAGUUUACUUCUGUGACGUUUGCUUUCUGAGAAUGACCAAGGCUGAUGUUAGAAACCACAUCAUGGGCAGCAUUCACAAAUACAAUUACACUAAAUCGCUUCAUGAACACGGAUGGAGGUCUGACACCGACCUGACUCUUCUUGCUCGCCAUUUAAUGGAAAUCGCAAAAAUGGUUGAAAAGAAAGAGGGAACAGGAGAUAUACAGGUUCUGUGUGUGGAUGAAGUUGUCUACAAGGAGAUCACCUCAGCGCCUCUCCCUGAUGCUUUUGCUCAGAUGAAGGAGAUAAAGAAGCAACCAAACCCUAAUGCACGGGAUUUACAUGUUCAACGCAGCCAGUCAAAAGGCAAUGCAACAAAACUUGAAUGGCAGCAGAUGUCUGGGAAUGUGGAUGGGAAUGGACAUCUUCCCACUUUAUAUCCAACCCGCUAUGUGUCCACUAUACCAUCGAAGUGUCCAGCUGAUGUUGAACCUCAGACAGUCUCAACCAGCUCAACACCAAAUGCAUUGCUCCAAAGUGUCAAACCAUUACUCAUAUGCCAGAAUAAAUCUACACCUCACAGUCUAUUGGAUCCACAUGUUCCAUCAAGAAUUCCUGUUCUGGGAAGUUUUAUAAGCCAACACAUAAGUCAGGAUCAACCACACAGAAACCAGAGUUUUCAAACAUACACAAUGUCAUCCGAAAACCAGUGUUUAACACAAGUGUGGAGAGUUUCAUCAGUAAGACCGCCAACACAGUGGAGCCCUGUCGGACCUCCUUGCCAGAACUACAUGGUGUGUUCUGGUGAAGAAAACAGGAAUGCAGUCUUGCAGUCAUUUGGAGUUGGUUAUGAAACCCAUGCGCUGCGUUCAGCCCAAAGCACUCCAUAUCAAACACCAUCUUAUCCUGUGAGCAACACUGUACCAAAGAUAACCCAGGAUUUAACUAAUGAAUAUUUGGGAAAGGAAAGAUCACGUGAUGGUCUGGAGCCACGAUGUGAUGUGGAGACCACCAGUUUGAUGAAGCCCCACAGCAUUGGUGUAUUGGAAUCUGCUGUAAUGCAUCCAAAUCAGUCACAUGAUCAGGCGUAUUCACAGGAACCAAUCCAUAACAACUGGAAAGCACAUGCGGAACAAGAAAACAAAUAUCUGUUGUCACAAAACCCAAUUACCCAGUUCUCUCAAACUCCCCAACGCCCCUCAGAUGUGGAUAUUGUAAACCACAGUGGUCAAAAGCCUCUUAUAGGUCUGCAAGCUGUAAUCAAGUGCCAGUGCAUGCCCGGGAAUCCACCUUCGUGCUUUUACCUGUGCCAGGUGUGUUCUGCAAAGAUGAGGAAGAGGAAAAAAAUAAUCAAGCACCUCAUUAACCCUGACCACCAGAGAAACUACUUGAAAGCUCACCAUCCAGAGCUCUUGCCUAAAAAGUCCAAACCAGGCCUUACAAUAAAGCAGCUUGAAGAGGUCGCUCUCCACUUGGAGAAAAAGGACGGAAGGGCACAUAUAAAGGUGGUGAACUUGCCUGUUCAAAUCUUUAAUGAUAUAUUGCAGAAGGAUUAUCAGAGCUGCAUACCUGUGGUGAACAGUGGAGUUGGUGUAGUGUGGACAUCAGAUCUGUUGUCUUUCAAUGAACGAAACAACAGAAUAACAGGUCCCAUUCCAACUCGCAAACGUCCAGAAAUCCCUCCACCUUCAAAGAAACGUCCUGUUGAAGAUCAACAUGAAGCUCCAACCCGAGGGAUGAGCAAAAAAAUAAAGACAGAAAAUGCUGACAGUCCUUACACCAAUGCUAAUGAAGUAAAGGAAACUGUGUUUAAGGUAAGCCUGUCUCUGCAGGCCGGACCCCCCAUCGUCAUUGAGAGAGCACCUCUAAAAGACAAGACUACUAUAGCGCCAGAGAUCGAAGGGCAAAACACACAUUCUCAACUUUGCAUGUACGGCUGUCCACACACAGUCGACACCACCACACAGCAGGAACUCACUCAGACGGACCACCACACACUGACCGCUUCAGACUCCGAGCAGCUCAGGAUUUCAGCUCAGUUUGACCACACAGAGCAGUUCAGUAGUCAAACCGAGCGGUCUCAGAUGCUGGAGGACUGUGGUCCAGUGGUCACUGUGGAGCGUGCUGAUUGGCCGGAGCAGAAUUACCGGGACUUCAGAGACAGCCAAUGGCAGAGCAGAGAUGCAGGUGCUCAUGCUGAGUGUGCAGGGUACAUGCAGUACUGGUGGUGAUUCUGAGUCUUCGAGAGAGCAUAUAAUACGAGGACAUCUGGGAGUAGAUGCAGCAAACCAUUUUGCAAAAGAAUUGGGUCCAAAUAGUACACCUUCAGAUUUUAUUCCGAUCCAUUUGUGCAAAUUUUUCAUUAGUAUUCUUAAUUUGGCCUUCUCCGUCAAAAGGAUGGGGAUUAUUUUUUGGUUAUGUAUUAUUAGUUUGCAUGUAUAUGGUACUACAUGUAUACAUGCAUAUGUGAUGGUGUCAUAUAUGUAUGCCUUUAUAUAUGUAUCUACAUGCGUACAUAAAUAUAUACAUGCAUACAUGUGACACCAACACAUA